CACAUUACAAGAUAAGUAAUAAAUAUGAGCACAGAUGAUUUAGAGAUCAACUUAAUAUAGAUUCCAAUCAAAGAGAAUCGAAAAACUACUAUUUUGAAAUAAAAAAAGAUAAAAUUAAAGAAAAGUAGGAAAACCUCAGCUACUUAAGCAAUAUUAACUAGAUCAAAGAAAUAAGAUAAUUCAGAUGAUGAUGUAAUAUUAUUAGGUAGUUCCAAACCAAGUUUAAUUCCUUUAACUAAGAAGACUGUAAGUAAACGAUAUUUAAAAUCGAAACGUUCUUAAAAACAUCCAAAAAUGUAAUUUAAAAAAAAAGAAAAAGCUAAAAAAUCAAUAAUUCAAGAUUUAGUAAUAGGAUGGCAGAAAGAUCUAAGAAAAAUAAUGGAAAGCACAGUUGUUUUAUCUAAAAAGAUAAGUAAAUUGGAAUGAAUAUAUAUAAG